CUGAUCUGCUCACAUACUGUCAGCGCCUCCGUUCCCGGCGUCGUGGUUGUUGCCCGUUUCAGACCCCUCUGGCUUGUGUGCCGGCCCCUAAAGGGGCCUAAACCGGAGCUUGGAAACCAAAUGCUGCUGAUGUGAAAGACAACACGGACAGGGAGCGAUGACCUCUCCUCUGACCCUCAUGCUUCCCUGGAUGAGCGAACUUCAGCUGGAGAGACGACAGCGUGACGUCAGGGCGACGGUGGUGACGUCACGUUCGAGUCAUGUUUGUUUGUGUCUGGAGCCACGUGGCCGUUACAUAACGGCAGGACAGGGUGCCAAACGACGCUCAGCUUCCUGCCGCUGCUCUUCAUGUGGAGGUGGAGGACAGACCGAUGUCUGCACUGACUCAGGUGGAGGCUGUGCGCGUGCUCCUGGCACCAGGUGCAGCCACAGCACGCCGCACGCGCUCGUUGUCCAGUAAAGGGGGCGGGAAUCCCCGCUCUAUAGAAGCGGCCCCGCACCGCCGCUGCAGCGGACUCCAGCACAACCACAGAUGUCCGCGGCGGGGCAGUCCACGGAGAACGGCCUGGAGGAGGAGGAGGACGAGGAGGCCGAUCUGGACGACGAGGUGGACGCCUCCCGUCUGGAGAGGUUCAUGAAGGACCGGCGCAGAGCCCGGUCCCUGCCCGCCUACCCCGCUGCGCUGCUGGCCGACGUCUCCGCCGGCAGCGAGAGGAAGCGCGUGAAGUUCGCCGACUCCAUGGGGCUGAACUUGGCCAGCGUCAAGCACUUCAGCUCGCUGGAGGAUCCGCAGAUCCCGAACAAGGUUCUGUCCAGGCACAAGAGCUUUCCUCCGCAGCAGGACUUGAUCAACGACCUGUGCCAGACAUUCAAGUCCAGCCUGGACACGGACCGGCUGUUCGCCUGCUUCCCGGAGCCCCGGGACGCCGAGCGACGCGUGCGGGAGCUGCGCGUGUGCCUGGAGAAGGUCACCAUCUCCCAGUUCGACGUGCGCGGCCAGAUCCGGGUCCUGAGCGGCCGCGCUGACAAGGAGGUCGGAGUGAGGUACACCUUCAACGACUGGCUGUCCCACGUGGACGCACAGGCGCUGGUCGUGGCCGUGGAUGCGCCGGGAUUCGUGGGGGAGCGCUUCGGUUUCACCGUGUACACGCCGCCCUUCAUGGAUCCGAGCUCGGCCGUGCACUUCGCCGUGUACCUGAGGAGCCAGGACGGGGAGUUCUGGGACAACAACGCGGGGCAGAACUACAGCCUGCGGUACCACUGCAUGCCCAGCAGCACCGCCUUCGUCAGCGCCGCUUUCCACGCCACCUGAUCUGUGCGUAAAGGCGCUCCAUCCGUGCGUAACACGGUGCCAAAACCAACACGUUUAUAUCCGGCUGCUGUUUCACAUGUGGUGAACAAACACCGGAGCCGAGCAGCGGUGGGAGCGAGAGCGAGAGCGAGAGCAGGGAUCCUUUACCACAGAUUGACGUUCCACUCAUCACAGAAAGAAGAGAGAGAAGAAAGAUGUACAAAAACUAAAGUCAUCCCUCAGACAGUGAGAUCAUUCAGUGCUAAGUUCUAAGCUGGCCUCAAACCCGAUUAGCGAAGCUUACACUUGGACCAAACCCACAUUUUCCCUUCAGUUGUGCACAGUCAUCAUGUUUUGGAUUUUGCUGAUUCAUUUCAAUCAAAGUGUCACUUGGUAAUAAAAGACAGCUUGUGUAAUAAA